AUGAAAUCAUAUCUCUUAUUAAUUGUUGCCUUUUUAUCUGUAUUCUUUAUCUCCAGUACUCAAGGUGAAUUUUGCAAUGUCUUUAGUAAUUGUGGUGAAGGAAAUUGCUGUACCAGUCUAGUCUUUGGCUAUUGCAGACCACUUGGCCAACUCGGAGAACCAUGUAAAACCAAAACUGACACAGAACAUUUUUGUGGUUGUAUUGAAGGCUUAAAAUGUUCAAAUGAAGUUUGUGUCUCAAAAUAAAUUAAAUAAAAUAUUUUAUAAACAAAUAAAUUAUUAUUUUUUUAUUUGUUAUUUAUUAUUUAUAACACGAAAUUUUUUUAAAAAAAAUGUGAAUUUUGCCUAACAUAAUAAUAACCAUAUUUUGGGGAUUGGAGGUUGUGUAUUAUUAUUGAAUGGUUUUAUUGCAGAUGCUG